AAAUAAAACACAGAUGGAUUCAUCUAGUGGUGAAGCCCAACUGUUAAGUGGCAAAGUGAUAUCAGGAAAUCUUAAACAGAAAAUAAAGGAUGAAAUUGAUACGAUUAGAAAAGAUUACCCAAAUUUUAAACCUGGUUUAGCUAUAGUACAGGUUGGAGACAGAGAAGAUUCAAAUGUCUAUGUAGGAAUGAAAAUAAAAACUGGUUCAGAGCUUGGUCUUGAUGCACAACACGUGAAGCUUCCAAGAACUAUAUCUGAAGAAGAAGUUUUAGAAGCAAUAAAUAAAUUAAAUGAAGAUUCUGCUGUGCAUGGCAUUAUUGUUCAGUUACCACUCGAUUGUGAACAAAACAUUGAUGCAGCAAAGUGUACAAAUGCUGUCUUACCUGCUAAAGAUGUUGAUGGGCUGCACGAAGUCAGUGCUGGUCGUUUAUCACGUGGUGAACUUUCCACGUGUUUUCAUCCCUGUACACCACGUGGUUGCAUGCAUUUAAUAAAAGAGUCUGGAAUAAACAUUGAAGGGAAGCAUGCAGUUGUGGUCGGUCGUAGUAAAAUUGUGGGUUCGCCAAUGGCCAACUUGUUAACAUGGGCAAAUGCUACUGUUACGAUUUGUCAUUCACGCACGAAGAAUCUAGAGGAUGUUGUGAGACAGGGCGAUAUAGUCGUUGCAGCAUGUGGUAGAAAAGAGCUGGUCAAAGGAUCAUGGAUUAAACCGGGAGCUGUUGUCAUCGACUGUGGCAUAAACGUUGUUCCUGAUAGCACUCGUAAGACUGGCCGUCGUCUUGUUGGUGAUGUGGAAUUUGCAGAAGCUAAAAAAUACGCUUCCUGGAUUACACCUGUUCCUGGAGGUGUUGGACCAAUGACGGUAGCCAUGUUAAUGAAGAACACAUUAGAUAGUGCGAAGAAAAAUCUCAACGCCAUUCCAGAAGAUCAAAAGUCUUUGUGAUAAUUGCUGACAAUGAUGGACAUUAAAACAGACGACGGAGGAAAGCUAUACUCAUGGUGAUCAAUUUUUGGCUGUGUCUUACUAUUAGUACUGUAAAUAUUUUUUUUAAUUUCUGUUCAAUGCUGAAAGAUGAAUUCUAUUAGAAA